AUGGAUAGUUGUUUUUCAUCAUGUUUUGUAGUAAAUCUCUUCAAGAGAAAACAAUCCCGAUCGCGGCCCGUCGACACCAUAUUCAAGCUUCCAAUUGUUUCAACUAAUUGGCCACCAGGUAGUGGUUUUGCAAGUGGAAUCAUUGAUCUUGGAGGGAUACAAGUAUCUCAAGUAUCAACAUUUAACAAAAUUUGGGCUACCUAUGAUGGUGGACAAGAUAAUCAAGGUGCUACUGUGUUUGAACCAACAGGAAUACCUGAAGGAUUCUCUAUGUUAGGUAGCUACUCCCAACCUAACAACAAACCUCUUUUUGGAUAUGUUCUUGUUGCAAAGGAUGUUUCUUCAAGCACAAGCAAUAGUACUUUAAAGAAACCAAUUGAUUAUACACUUGUAUUCAACACUUCAUCUCUUAAGGUUACUCAAGAUAGCACAUGUUAUAUUUGGCUACCAAUAGCACCUGAUGGAUACAAAGCUUUAGGCCAUGUUGUCACAACAACACAAGAUAAACCUUCUCUUGACAAAAUCAAGUGUGUUAGAUCAGAUUUAACUGACCAAUGUGAGUCUUCCUCGUGGAUUUGGGGAUCGAACGAUGUCAGUUUCUUCGAUGUUAGACCAAUCAAUAGAGGAACUCAAGCGCCCGGUGUUAGCGUUGGCACUUUCGUUGCACAGAAUGGUGGCGAAACUAGCCCUCCAUCAAUUUCAUGUUUGAAGAAUCUCAAUUCCAUUUCAAAAAUCAUGCCGAAUUUACUUCAAAUUAAUUCCAUUCUCCAAGCUUACUCUCCAUUGAUGUACAUGCAUCCCGACGAAGAAUACUUACCUUCCUCGGUAAAUUGGUUCUUCUCCAAUGGAGCAUUACUAUACAAGAAAGGUGAAGAAUCAAAUCCCGUUCCAAUAGCGCAAUACGGAAUUAACCUUCCUCAGGAGCCUAACAAUGAUGGUACUUAUUGGCUUGACCUACCUGCUGAUGAUGCAAAUAAAGAUAGAGUCAAAAAAGGAAAUUUACAAAGUGCAGAAUCUUAUGUACAUGUGAAACCAAUGUUUGGAGGAACCUUCACUGAUAUUGCAAUGUGGAUAUUUUACCCUUUCAAUGGACCUGGGAGAGCAAAAGUAAAGUUUAUAGAUAUUAAAUUAGGGAAAAUAGGUGAACAUGUUGGUGAUUGGGAGCAUGUGACAUUAAGGAUAAGUAACUUGGAUGGUAAGUUAUGGAAAAUUUACUUUUCACAACAUAGUAAAGGUGAAUGGAUUGAUUCUUCUCAGCUUGAGUUUCAAAGUGAAAACAACAGUAAUAGGCCAGUUUUUUAUUCUUCAUUGCAUGGUCAUGCUUCAUAUCCACAUGAAGGACUAGUUCUACAAGGGAAAAAUGGGAUAGGGAUUAGAAAUGAUAGUGCUAAGAGUAGCAUGAUUAUGGAUUUGGGAAAAUUUGUAUUGGUUUCUGCUGAGUAUUUGGAGCCUUUUGUUGUAGAGCCAUCUUGGUUGAACUAUUUUAGGGAAUGGGGUCCAAAAAUUGAUUAUGACUUAGAUGAGGAGUUGAGGAAGGUGGAGAAGAUAUUGCCAUGGAAGCUUAAAGAUGUUUUUGAAAAUAUUAUUAGGAGUUUACCAAAAGAAGUGUUGGGAGAAGAAGGACCAACAGGUCCAAAGGUGAAGAAUAAUUGGAGUGGUGAUGAAGUUUGA